GGUCCUAACUUUGAGCAGCUUGACGCCGCCCAUCUCCUGUGCGCGAGGACGUCCAGGUGGCUUAAUGCGCUCUUCUCAGGAGCCGCUGCGCAUGUGCGGACUUCUAUCCCCGUCUCGGUGGGUCUAGACUCCGCAUCUUUUGCAGCGGAGGCCGCGUUCCUCUAACCGCAGCACCGCGCGAGGCUCCGCAUCCCUCCGCUCCUCCAGACCGGACCCGGCUGAUGCAUCCCCGCAUUCCCGCAUGUAGUUCUGCUCUCCAGCGGACAUGUAACCGGGGGUCCCCUCUCCUCCAGCCCGCUGUACGCGCGCCUUUGCCCCCACGGAGGACUAGUCCGCUCGGGGAUCCAGCUCAGGCUGCCGGGGGAACGCGGACCUCCACACCGACGGGAAUGCACCCGAGCCGGGGAAGAAGGCGUUGAACAUGUCCGGUGCUCCGGACUCGGAAGGCUCCUUUUGGCUUCACGUGAACGCGCACGAGGCGCGUCAACCUGUCGGGAAUAAUGGUGAAGCCACGCGGCUGUGUGGUGCUCCCUAGCCUCCCACCUGAUCACCUCUCCUCCUCCCCCUUCUCCGCUCCCCUCCCUCCUCCCUCCUCCUGAUCACCAUGACGACCACCCUAGAGAUGAUGCUGAGUCCAGGGCGCCUGGACGGCUGCGAGGACUUCAGCGGGCGCCACGAGGUGGUCCCCUCCGUGGUCUGCUCAAUGUGCUGCCUCUUCGGCAUCAUUUACUGCUUCUUUGGCUACCGCUGCUUCAAGGCGGUGAUGUUCCUGACGGGCCUGAUGUUCGGCUCCGUUGUCAUCUUCAUGCUGUGCUACAAGGAGCGCGUCCUGGACACCCAGCUGAGCAUGGAGGCCUCGGUGGGCAUCGGGCUGGGCGUCGGCGCGCUGUGCGGCCUGGUCACCAUGCUGGUGCGCAGCGUAGGCCUCUUCAUGGUGGGCCUGCUGCUGGGCCUGCUGGUGGCCCUGGCGACCCUGGUGGGCAUGGAGGAGCUCUCCGACAGUCCGCCGCGCUCCGUCUGGGUGCCCCUGGGUGUGCUUCUGGGCCUGGGCAUGCUGUUCGCCGUGCUCACCCUGCAGUGGCAGCGCCUCUUCACCACGGCGUCCACCGCCAUGUUCGGGGCGGCCGUCAUCACGGUGGCGGUGGACUACUUCGUGGAGCUCUUCGCCCUCGUGCUCUACGUGUACGAGCGGAUCAAAGCGGCGCCCGGGAAGCCUGUGUGCUGGCUGACCUGGGUGGUGCUGGGGGUGUGGCCCGCCCUCACCCUGCUGGGGGUCAUGGUCCAGUGGAAGGUCACGGCUGAGGGCUACUCCCACACCAAGGUCAUCAUUAGCCGGCAGCAGAGGAGGAUGCAGGUGAUGAGGAUCCGUCAGCGCGACGACCGCUAUCGCAACAAGAAGAAGAAGAAGCAGCCGCACGGCUCCGCCUCCAACCAGCAGCAGGCCAAGCAGCUCCAGACCGAGCCCGCCUACCGCCGCAAGCCCAACCCCAUCCGCCGCUACGACACGGACGUGCUCUCGCCGAGCUACAUCCAGAGCUUCAGAGACCGCCAGGUGCAGGACCAGCCCGCUCCGAGCCGGCCGGCGGGCCGACCACACACCGUGGUGGACAUCGGCUACGACCGCGGCUCCACGACGCCCCUCACUGCCGCUGCGAGAGCCUCCCUACGAAUCUGACCUCCCGGGGCGGCCCUGAACGCACCGCUCUACCAGGGAGAUGCAAUCACACCUGUGUAAAGACAAACUGGGUUUAGCCACACCCCUAAGAAGAUGACUAUAUAUUUAGGACUGGAUUUACCCAAAAUGCAACAGGUGUUUAACCCUUUACUUCAUCACAAAGCCCAGUGUUCCUCCUGCUGGACCAAUCAGUGUGGUGCAGAGGCGUGGCCUCUUUUUCACUGUUUCAGUAGAUUCAAAUGCACAAAUGCAUGCAUGCACUUACACAGACACACACCGGACCCGGACCCGGUCAGACCAGAUCCGGGGUCUCUGACGGGGCAGAAGCAUCGACUUCCUCCGCCUGCCGGGGUCCAACAGGGAUGGAUCUGUGAAGGACUAGACGGGAUCUUAAAGGCUUCCUGUCCCAUCUGGACUACAACGAUCCUCCUGGAAAUGGGGCGGGGCUUCUUUCAGAGGGGAACCCCUCAGUCCCCCGUGGUGCUGGACCAGAACCUUCUUCAAGCGUCUGAGUCUGUUUAACGGGUGCCUUGUCCCUCUGUACCACUCAGCAACAGGAGGGGGGUUACUAGCAGUUCUUCCGUCUCAGGGGGAGGGGGGGUAGCCAUGGACCAGCAAGGUACAAUACUGUUGUUGGAGUCGGCUAAUCGACUAGAGAGCCACAUUUACACCGGCCCCUCCUUUUGAGGGUUCAAGUGUAACCACCAGCCUGGUCCUGGUCCUGGUCCUGGUCCUGGUCCUGGUCCUGACCUUCACCCCAGACGCGGUCGUCCAGGAGAUUAUUAUCUUUUAUUCCAUAGAUGAAAGAUAUGGUGUGACCCUUUUACCCUUUAGCCCGGUUGUUGUGGCAGCAGCUUCUUCCUCGUUGGUAUUGCAAAGCAACCAAAGAGCAGAAGAAGAAACUUAAUAAUUAUAAUUAUAUAAUUAUUACAGGUGUGACUCCAGGCUGAGGAUGAUGUUCAGAACAUUUCUGUCACCAAAAUGUGAAUACUUUAUCGUCUUUACCUUUUUAUAGGCAAAGUGGGGAGGGGGGGCAUGACCUCCCCCCGUGUGGCUCCGCCCCCUCAUGUGCAUCGAUGUGAAACAUUAAAACACAAUUAAUUAAUUACAUUUUGACUUUCUUUUUCUAAUUGAAUAGUUCUUUUCCAGUGGGAUGUAUUAUGUAUUUAUUUCUCCAGCUGUUGUGUAUCAUGACUCCAUGCUUUUUAAAAGUUUAUUAAAGCAUGUGUUCCUGCAUUG